AUGUCUUCAAACCUAACGGAGGAACAAAUUGCUGAGUUUAAGGAGGCCUUUGCGCUGUUUGACAAGGACAACAAUGGGUCUAUUUCGUCAAGCGAGCUUGCGACGGUCAUGAGGUCUCUUGGGCUGUCCCCCAGUGAGGCGGAGGUUGCUGACUUGAUGAACGAAAUCGAUGUCGAUGGUAAUCAUAAGAUCGAGUUCAGCGAGUUUUUGGCGCUGAUGUCCCGUCAGUUGAAGUCCAACGACUCCGAACAAGAGCUUUUGGAGGCCUUCAAAGUGUUCGACAAAAACGGCGAUGGAUUAAUCUCUGCUGCCGAGUUGAAACAUGUGUUGACCUCCAUCGGUGAGAAAUUAACAGAUGCGGAAGUAGACGAUAUGUUGAAAGAAGUAAGUGAUGGUUCCGGUGAAAUCAAUAUCGAACAGUUCGCUGCUUUACUAUCCAAAUAA